AUGUCAACUCACCAUUCAUCUGCUGGGUUUAUGAUAUCUACAUUUGGACUUUACCACGGAUCACUGGAGCAAAAUGAAGACUCGUUUAUUUAUCUACCAUUGGCGGAUUCACCUGGUGGAUUAUUGCAAAAACAUACACAACAAACAACAGCUAAGAUUCGCCAAGUGGAUUAUUGCAAAAACAUACACGACAAACAACAGCUAAGGUUCGCAGCGUUGAAAAUCAGAAAAAUGCUACACAAAGAGUAUUACAAAAGAUACCAUUUAAAUGCAACCACUCCCAAAACAUGUGUCUCGUUUAAUGGAUUUCGAUUGCAUCCCAGAUAAGUUUAUGUGAUGCAUCAUAAUGGAUGAUUCUUCUUAUGGAUUUAUGGAAAGCGUACAGAAACAGGUAAUAACAAAAUUUAACUAAAUUAGACAUCUUCUUGCGCAUACGUACACGUUCAACAAUGUGUAGUAGUAAAAAAAAGUUUUGAAGCAACUGUCCUGUAACAAGCCGUGUAUAUUAACUCCCUAGUUUGUUUGUGCUAAUUUAAGAAUGCAACGAUAUUGUUAUGCACGUGAAAAUACGUUGCGUGAUAAGUAUGCGGCACAUCAACGAAACGUUACACAGGGUUUAGGUGAAAAAAAUGGUGCCAUUCGUGAUAGUCUUUGAAAGUAAAUGUGUAGAAGUAGAUGUAUUAUUGGUCAAUGGUCAGUAUUCAAAAUGAAAUUGUUUCUGAAUACAAUC